GACAAAACUCCAAGCUAUCAUCUUACGCGUGCAUAAUGAAGCUGAGCAGCAUUUCACUAUCGGUGGCUCUCACGAUGACUACGUCAUCGACGAUGCGAUCGGCGUCGGCCUUUAUUCCUCAUCAGCAGCGCGCCGCAGUCCUACCAACAGGGGGAGCUACCCGCGCCUUCUUAUUCGAUAAGCUGUUCAGUACGAGUUCGGGCAAGCUUCCCGUCAUGGCUGAGGAAGACGUCAUGUCUCCCAAGGCGCACGGAACUUCCGAAAAACCCGUUCAGAAGAACUUGAGGUGGAAUUGCGAUUUCGAUACCGCCGAUCGGAUUUGCAACUUUAAUCGCCACUACGCUGAGCACGCUGGGUACUGGCAAACAACCGAGUUUCUCAAGUCCAUUAAGGAAGAAGAGCAGCCCAUCAAAUUUUACGAUUCCGUCACCGGUGUGCACCUUUUUACAGCUCCUGUGGGGCGCACCAUGGAAGAGUUUCUUCUGGAAUCCCAGAAACAUGGUUGGCCCAGUUUUCGCGAUGAAGAAACCGUCUGGGACAGCGUCCGCUGUCUAAAGGAUGGAGAGUGUGUCAGUGUUACUGGUACGCAUCUUGGACACAAUAUUCCUGACAAGUCCGGAAACCGCUACUGCAUCAAUCUAGUUUCUGUAGCGGGCACACCCGCAGAGAGCUAGAAUAGAAUAAGGGAAGCAAUUCUUGGUAUACAUUGUGUAGAAACCGAACUAGU